AUGCCGGUAAACUAUGAUCCAAAUAUGCUAUGGGUAGCGCUUAGUGAAUAUGGGGAGGGUAAUCUGUUCAAUGUUUACCCAAAGCUUUUAGCUGAACUUCUUAUUCAAGAGGAUGCAGCAAGGUUGGAAGGCGGUACGAUCGAGGCUGAAAACCUGGUUCUGCCGAGUGAUAGGGAGUGGAGACUUAUACAAUAUUUCAACUUGGUGUCUAUGCAGAAGAUCCUUGAUGGGGACGAGGAAGACAAUGGGGUGAAAGAUGGUAAAAACGUGGAAGAGCCACCUGAAGAGUGGGCGCCUUGGAGUCUGGUAGUAUCCACAAAAAACCCCAAUGCUCCGCCACCCGUCGCUAUCAAGACAGCCCCAGGGCCCGCCUGGGAUAUUGGCCAGGUUCUCAAAGCUGCCCGUAUUUUGUGUAAGCCACCUAUGGACGUCGAGUUCAUUGAUGAACAGGAAAUGAGAUGUGUCUAUUCUCUGAUUUAUGAUGUCUUUCGAUAUAAAACCAUAUUGGAUCAAGCAAUAGACGAUAUUGAUUUCUUUGGAGAUUAUCCGCAGUAUGCCGGACAUCGACACUCAGCAUGGCUAUUUUUAAUGGAACUGGCUCGGAGGCGUUGGGUAGCCAGGCCAAGGGGAGAAAUAGAAAGGGCCAGGAGGUUGUUGAACGAAUCUGGUUAUCCCUUUAAAGACAUUGAAAAUGCAAUAUGGGAUGAGAGAGUCCACUUCGCCGCUGCCAUAGCCAGAAUACGAAUAAAGAAUAAAGCUUUUUCAUUAGCCGAACUGCUUCCACCACAUUUGCGCGAGGAAAAAAUUUCCGCCUGUGUGAAUAAGGACACUGUUACCGGUUGGGUAAAUACCUUCAAAGCCAAAAAGGUCGCACUACUUGUAAAGCGACUACAACAGCUCGGUUAUUCGUACAGCAACUCACGUCAACUAUGCUCAGGAGAAUACAGAUUUGAUAGGGUUUGUCCAAGAUUCAUUACCCUACGUCCACCGACAAGCACAAGCAUUGGACAAACGGAUUUGGUGAAAGAAGGAAUUAUAGUACUGCAGGAGCGAGAAUUCUGUGAGGGCGCGUCCACACUGUGCCGCGCUCUUCGUGCAAAUUCGUUGCGAGGUGUCGUUGCUCAAACGCACGCGUCGUCGCCGCGUUGUUCCGCGUAUCUAGCUGCGCAGUUGCGAGAGUUAGCUGCGGUUCUUAAAGCUCAGACCCCAGCAGCGCCUAUUACCCCUGAACUUGGAAAACUGGUGGUUUUUGGAGCUGGUGAUAAAGUGGAGAGCUACGUCUGUGCUUUACGAGAGCUCGGCAUUGACGCGUCCGAAGCUCCGCAUUCCGGUUCGCCCGUGUGCGUAGUAGGCGACGAUGUGUAUAGCGAAACGCCCAUUGUAAUCAGCGCCUUAGACGGUGUAGUGGCAGCCCUGGCAACUCCGCCUAAUUCUUAUUCCGCCGUCACAGACCCUAUUGACUUAGUGUGUGGCCGUGGAGGCGAUUUGGCUAUGCUAGAGGUGUUGACUGAAUCAGAGAUAGACACAAAUGGUAAAGCGAGGGUCCAAUCAAUUUUAGAGGAACAAAAGAAGACAUUGAAAACAUUGCUGUCUAAGCCGCAGAUACAACUGAUUUUGUACGAAACACAUUCGGCUCUGGAAGCAGAGAACCAGGCCCAAGUGAACCGAGCUGUGGCCGAAGCCAACAGGUUGGCAAGAGAGCGACAUGCGCUGCUCAAGAAGAAACAUAGAGAUCAUAAUCAUACACCAAAAUCAAAGGAAGCAGCAGAAACAAUGGUUACUGAUUCCUGCACUACUCUAGAUGCAACUGCUCGAACAGACUUAGACACAGUGGACACUGAUUCAACUUACGAUCAAUCACCCAAAAGACCAUUGUCUUCACCCCCAACCACGGCCAGAAACAAUAGAGAAAUGAUCUUAAGAAAACGGGCAGAAAGUGCUGAUAUCUGUUUCCGGCCAGGUAACAAGGCUAAACCGAUACCGGAAAUGGAUUUGCCAGAAAAUGAACGGCCCAGAGAUCCGGAUAAAGACAGCCCUGAUGUUUUUGUACCAAGCUGUGAUCUAUUUGAAAUACAAGAUUUGCCGAAUCUGGGAAACGGAUUAGACAUAAAUUAUAUCUUGGAUCGAGAUGGUUGCUAUCUUGGCCUAAUACAAAGAAAGGAGAUAACGAGGCUCGACGCGAAAUUCAUGAUCCGAGUGGCUGAAGACCGAGGUCUGUUUGGGCAGAACGCGCCCCACCAAUCCAUCAGAAAGAAAAAGAACGAACCAGCCGCUGUACCGCAUAGAAGAAGACGCAAGACUAGUUUUGAGGUAGAACGAGUAGCAGCCCCAACUUACGCAUCCAUAUCCCGGUCCUUACGCCAUAGUAGUGCGCCUGCGCCUUUUAAUACGGGAGUUUUAUCACCCUCCAAUGAUAGACAUGUUUGUUCACGACACGAAAAGAGACUCGCCGCUGCCGCAACUUACACAUCAACAGCUUGUACUUGUGAUGCGAAACAUAGGCACCGGCAAACUCGGCGCGCGUCUGCUGAUAUAGCUCCAACAGCGACUGUUAUUCGCGCUGCAUCUCCUCCUUGUCGACAACCCUUCCCGUUGGCUGUACACGACUUACGACUGAAGAACAUCGUGCAUCACAAGAUGAUCAUCUCACAACUAGAUUCUAGGUAUUUCUUAUGA